GAUAGGCUCGCCCGCUGCACUAUUUAAAGAGAGGAUGAUACAGUAAGGAAGAAGGAGAAUCAAUGAGACCCAUCAAUGAGGCUGUAACCUUAGAGAACCCUUCCACCGCAGAGUAGUGUUCACACUGCGCAGGGUCCGCCACACCUGAGGAGUAGCGCUUCUUCUUUAAGGAUGACCUCUUCUCUGCUCUUUGACCUCCUGGCGGUGGCUUUGGUGGUCGUCCUAGUAAAGAGCGCCCCCGCGGACGAUAAAAAAGUCACCAUGUUAGUGAUCUUACCCAAGGAUGACAAGUACAUGUUCUCAAUAAACCGGGUGCGACCCGCCGUAGACUAUGCCUUGCGAGCCGUAGAGGGCAAUGCCAGCCUGCUGCCCGGCUUUGCGUUCAACGUCACGUAUCGAGACUCCGACUGCGGCAACCAAGCGCUCUUCAGCCUGGUAGACGCCGCCUUGAAGGAGCGGAAACCGGACGUGGUCCUGGGUCCGGUGUGCGAAUACGCGGCUGCCCCAGUCGCCAGGUUGGCCUCCCACUGGGACAUCCCCAUGAUCUCUGCCGGGGCGCUGGCCACCGGCUUCAUGCAGAAGGCGGAGGAGUAUUCCCACCUCACCCGGGUGGCACCUGCCUACACCAAGAUGGGCGAGAUGUUCCUCGCCAUGUUCCGCUACCACAAGUGGAGCAGAGCCAUGCUGGUGUACAGUGACGACAACGUGGAGCGGAACUGCUUUUUCACGGUGGAAGGGGUCCACACGGCCUUCAAGGAGGAAGGCUACCACAUGGCCGUCCACAACUUCGACGAAGCCAAGCAUGUGGACGUAGAGGACAUCAUACACUCCAUCCAGAAUAAGGAGAGAGUUGUGAUCAUGUGCGCGAGUAGUGACACCGUCCGGAACAUCAUGUUGGCCGCCCAUCGACAAGGACUGACUAAGGGGGACUAUGUCUUCAUCAACAUUGAACUCUUUAACAGCUCAUCAUAUGGAGAUGGCUCGUGGAGGCGAGGAGACAAGCACGACCUUGAGGCGAAGCAAGCGUACUCAUCCCUGCAAACAGUCACCCUACUCAGGACAGUGAAACCCGACUUUGAGAAGUUUUCCAUCGAGGUGAAAAGUUCUGUUCAAAAGCUGGGCCUGACCGAAGACGAUUACGUCAACAUGUUUGUAGAAGGUUUUCAUGAUGCCAUCAUCCUUUAUGCCCUGGCCUUACAUGAACUAGUGAAGAGCGGCUACAGCAAAAAGGACGGAGAGAAACUUGUGCAGCGGAUGUGGAACAGAACGUAUGAAGGUAUCGCUGGGCAAGUGUCCAUCGACGCCAAUGGUGACCGGUACGGGGACUUCUCGGUGAUUGGCAUGACUGACCUUGAAGCAGGCACUCAAGAGGUUAUCGGAGAUUUUUUUGGCAUUCAAGGAACUUUUGAACUUCGACCAAAUCUGAAGACUAUAUGGGGAACUGGAAGGAUAAGACUUGCGGAGAUGAAAGUGUUUGAAACCAUAACUCCGUGCAAAACAUCAGGUGGCUUAGGAGAAUCUGCAGUAACCGGAAUUGUGGUUGGCGCCUUCCUAGGCACGGGGCUCUUAAUGGCCUUCUACUUUUUCAGGAAGAAAUACAGAAUAACUAUCGAAAGACGAAACCACCACGAUGACUGUAACAUCGGAAAGCACAGACAGCUGAGGGAGGAUUCCAUACGAUCUAACUUCUCUGCGGCUUAGGGAAAAUAGUUUUGUAUGAAGAUGCAACCAAAGACAUCGCAGUACGCGAGAAGGAGCUCUUGUAGAAGAGGAGUAGAGUCCUGUUAGUUUUUUUUUUUUUUCCUUCAAAAACUCAGGAAAGAUUUAGAAAUCGUAUGAUGCCACAUGGCCUUUCAUCUGGGACAAUUUCAUGAUUUACAAAUUUGGACACUAUCUGCUGGAUCAUGACAAACGGUAGAUUUAUUUUUAUUGACGUAAGAAUUUAAAAAAAAAAUUGAGCAGCAAAAGAAAUAUUGGCCAAUAACUGUAAGGUGAUACUGAAUUUUUUUUAAUUUUUUUUUUAUUGUAUUCAUUUGCCUUGACCUGCAAAUAGCAGAUAUUAUUCUCCAAGGGGUCACCAGGCUUUUGCUUAAUUUUUUUUUUUCAAAAACAUUUUUUUCUGAGGUACAUUAAAGAACUCGUUUUGACUCGAGAGUCAGACGUACACAGUGAAGCAUUGAUGCUUAAAUUCGGCCCAUCUUGUUAAAUUUUUCUGGUUUGCUCAGUCCCUACACAGAUAUUUGAGAUGACGUCGAAGCGUAACUGAAAGGUCAACCUUGUGUGAGCACAGGCCACGAUUGUAAUCCUGUGGAUGUUUAAAUGCUUUACCGUAGAGUAUAUUCAGGAUAACUUAGCUGGACGGCUAAUUCAGGUUUUAUAUUGUAUAGAUUUUAUUUAAUGAUGAACACUAUCGUUGCAGGUGAUACCAAUGGCUCCUACUAGCUCUCAAAAAAAAAAAAAAAAAGCAAAAAGUUGGGACUCAAUGAUAUGUUGAUUGAAAUGGUAUAAACUCAAUUUGAUUUCAUUUUCAUAUACUUUACAAGCUACGCAUGACAACACUAUAUGUAAAAAAUUCUCUAAGUAAAAUUGGAGAUUUGGACCAAAACAUUCAUUGAAUUCGUAUUCAAUAAAUGUUUUCGUCGAAAUCUCCUAUUCGUAAUUAAUUAUUAAAAAUUACUCCUCCUAUUAAGGACUCAUGCACACGAACGUAUUUUCCUCCGUUUCCGUUCUGUUUUUUUACAGGUCCGUAUGCG